AUGUGUCUUGAUAGGGAGGGGAGUGUUUGUCUGGCAGCUCGCACAUCAGAUGCUGUUUCAUUGUUGCAUAAAAGAGGUGUCUGGACGACUGUAAUCAUGAAGCGAUUCAUGGCGCUGCUUAGUAAGAAUGAAAACAAGGACCCUCCACAGGCCAAGCUGCUAGAUCUAGCAGGACAACUCUGUGGCGAUCUUCAGAGCGUGUCUCGCAGCCUGGAGAAGCUGGUCGAGGUAACGAUGGGGUGCAAACUUCAGGAAUAUUUCCUCACCAACAUCAAUAUAGUCAGAGCCUGUGUGCUUGUCCUUAUCCACAAGGGACAGCAUGACACAGCCUGCAGACUCCUGGAGUGUUGCAGGGUGAAAGAGAAGAAGGAGCUGGUGCAACUUUGGAAUGAGAUCCACUACCACGAAGACAUGGAGAAAAACCACACAGAUUCCCUGACAUCGAUGCAGAAAUUCCGGUGCAGGAAGAGGAAUCCUCCAUCAGUUUCCCUCUGUCCUGAAGCACAACAGCAAAACUAUCCAAAAAAAGUGUGCCGAAUGCUGCGCAGAUUUGCUGCAAAUGUGACAAUGAAUCCAAACAUGGAUCAGCUGGACACUUUGGCUCAGGAUACGAACUUGAAGUCAGAUCAGGUCUAUUACUGGUUUGCCAAUUACCAUCGUCGUCAAAGAGCCCAGCUCAGCUGGCUGGAAAAGCUCAUCAGUUCAACCUAUGAGGAGCCUUCAACUCGCCAAGCAAAACAUCAGCCUGAUAGUAGAUCCUGCAUUCCACAAGCUGCAGGGAUGUUGAAGGCUGUUGCCAGCACUGCCGUGCUGCUGGUCCCUGCGGCCGAGGGACAGCAUGAGGCCAGCUGCGUUGUCACCUGCCAGCAGGUCCUCUUGGCCUGCAAUCUGCCAGCCAAGCAGCUCGUCAUCUGUGUGAACAAGAUGGAUGCCACGGAGCCUCCCUACAGUCGCCAGCACUACCAGGAGAUCAGCCAGGAAAUGUGUGCCUGCCUCUGCCAGCUGGACAAGAACCCAGCAACUGUGGCUUUUCUCCCAAUCUCGGGCUUGCAUGGGGACAACCUGCUGGAACCCAGCUCCAGGGCUGGAGUAAAACCAGGUACUUUUUUCUAUUUCAUUGGCAUCAUGGCAAACUGGGAUAAGGCAUGUACUAAGUAA